GUUAUGUCCUGUAUACGCAUUUUUCUAGAAGUUUAAUGGUUAAUUUCUUGGCUUCUGUCAUUAAUAAUGUUAUUUUGCUACUUCAUCUCAUAAAUGACACUAAUAACUGAAAUAUACAACAGGUAUUUGCAGUGGCCGCCCUUGUGGUCGUCGUCAUGGCCCGGCCAGAUAACCCGCCUACAUAUGGCUACUCUGCUCCCACACCCUCAUACACACCCGUCAAGUACGACUUUAACUACGCCGUAAACGACCCAUCAUCUGGCAACGACUUCGGACAUGAGGAAGCCCGUGAUGGCGACAACACACAAGGAUCCUACUACGUCCUUCUUCCCGACGGUCGUCUGCAGAGGGUCACCUAUAAUGUGAACGGAGAUUCCGGUUACGUGGCAGAUGUCACCUACGAGGGAGAGGCUCACUAUCCUACCCCAAAGGCCUCCUAUGGUCCUCCUCAGCCUUCCUACAAACCUCCCACCCCCUCCUAUGCUUAAGGAACAGUACUAAGAUAUUUAUUGAUUUCUGAUCUUUGUAAAUACUAGAUAUUAAACAUGCAAACUUCAUCUUUAAUAGUUUCAUAUCCAAUACAUGUUUUAAAUUAUAUUCUGGGGAAUUGAAAAUCUGACUAUUCCUAAAAUAUAUUUCUUCGAAGUAUAAUUAUGUUGAACAAUCUAA